CUCUCUCUCUCUCUCUCUCUCUCUCUCUCUCUCUCUCUCUCUCUCUCUCUCUCUCUCGCAAAUGGACAACAGGGAUGGUCUCUCUCCCAAGCAUUCCAGCAGAGCAUCCGACUGCCCGAUGCGCUUCCUGGAAGAAACCCUGUGGAUGUUGGGCUGGCUGUGGGAGCGACGGGAGGCGGAGAUGGUGGAGGGAUGGAUGAUGAGAAGAAGGCGGGGAUCACGGAGGGGUAAUGAGGCAGCUGUAGUUACCUGGGAAAGCACAGAGCACACACAUAAGUUAGAAAUUCACUGGAAAUGCACUGUGGUUUGGCUGCAAAAAGUUCAAGGAGCAGCGAAAACCCAAACUAGACUGAUGAAAUCACAGAGGAGCUACCCAUCAUUUUGGACAUUUGACAGAAUGAACACCAUCCUUAUCUCCUCACUGCUGGGUGUAGCUGCAUUUGUUCUCCAAGUUGCUACAUCUAAAGAGACUCUAGAGGCCAGUGUGUCUGUGUGGCCUCCGGGGUCGAACAUCUACCUCGGUGAGUGCGUGUUGCUGCAGUGCUCAGUGGAGUCAAACUCUAGUUUUGCGUGGCGCUACCAGUGGUUAAAGCACGAACCCCGCGCUGCUCUUGCCUCGACCUCCAAGCCCAGGCACCUGGUCUCAGGUGACAGCUACUCCAUCACCACGGUAACGAGAGAGGACGCGGGCAGCUACCGGUGCCAAGCCGAGCGGUGGGAGAGCAACAGCAGCUCUGUGGUGCUCCUCAGCCAGCCGGCCACACUCAGUGUGUCAGAGCUGCCUCCUCCCUCACUCCUGACUCUGACUCCCAGCACCAGGCAGAUCCUCAGAGGGGAGCGUUUCACUGUGAAGUGCCCCGGCUCUCAGACCAACUCCUCGGGCUGGACGCUGAGGCGGUUCCCCGAGGGCCGUGGAGUGAAGAACACGGUCUUAUACACUGACCGAUGUUCACCACUAGGGGGUGCUGUAAGCGCAGGCACGUCUGACACGUGUGUGUUCACCGCUGCCAGCGGGAACAGUGGACUGUACUGGUGUGAGGGCGCCGAGGGCCGCAGCAACGCAGUCAACAUCACAGUCAACAUCACAGUAAGCUAUGGUGCCAUCAUCUUGAAGACUCCUUCCUUCCCUGUAUUUGAGGGUGAUAAAGUGGUCUUGUAUUGUCAGUACUGGACAGGCAAUCACAGUAAAAUCACCUUCUUCAAAGACGGAGCAGAGAUCUUCACUUCCAGCUCCUCCGGUUCAGACAGAGUAACAAAGAUGACUAUAGAGAAUGUGACACAGGAAGAUGAAGGCUUCUACAAGUGUGCAUCCCAGGACAGAAAGCUGGAGAGUCCAGAGAGCUGGUUAUCAGUGAGACCUGAUCGAGGCAACUUCACAUCAACAGAUUGGACAGCAGCCUCCAGUAGUGGCUCCUGGAAAUGGAUCGUUCCAUGUGCAAUUGUACCUCUGUUCCUCAUCCCUGUGACUGUUUGGCUAGUUCGUCACUACAGUUACCAGACACUUGGCACCCGUAGGUGUUGGUCAUUUUCCAAAGAGGAUCUCCCAGCAGUGGAGAUUCCUGCGACCAAGCAGGACGUGACCGAAGUACAGUGGGACCUGUCCUGGAUGGAGAUGUCCACUCUGUUGGAUAAACAGUUAUAUCCUGGCACUUAAAGGAGGAUCACUCUCACCUGGAGCAUAAAGAAAAUAGUGACAGCUAUCAGGUAGUUCAGUCAGCACUACUUCUGACACUAUGUAGGAACAGUUUAUAGUCAUUGAUGUUCACAUGUCAAAACAGUCCAAGCUUAACCCUCAUGUUGUCCUCGGGUCAAAUUUGACCCGUUCUCAAAAAUUCUAUAUCAGAAAUAUGGGUUUCCUUUUAACCAAAUUACUCAAAAUAAUAAGUGCAAUUGCAAGUACUCAAUUACUACUUUCACUGAAUUGUGGGUAUUUGAUUUGAUAGCAUUUGAAAAAAUCGAAAUGGUUUC